AUGGAUAAGAGUAUAAAGAAGAAGAACCACUCUAAUGGGAAAUACAAGAAGAAUGGUAAAGAGAACUACAGGAUUGACGAUGACGUCAUCACGACGUGUUGCCUAUGCGUUAAAACUAAGAAGAGUAAAAAGAAGAGCUUCAUAGCUGGCUGUGUCACCAAUCUUGGUAUCUUCACUUUGCUCCUGGCUUACACAUUGGUUGGAGCUUUCAUCUUCCUAGCUAUUGAAGGUGGUGCGGCCAAGAUACAUCAGAAAACUCUUGCUACAACUUCAUACCAGGCGUCUGAAAGCAAAAAAACAGUUCCUCUGUCAAAAUUAAAUGGGACUAUAAGUCAGGCCAGUGCCGAACUAAGGUCGCAGACGGUGGAAAGCAUUUGGGAGAUCACAGUGUCCUUGAACAUUUUGUAUAAGGAGAACUGGACGAGGUUGGCAGCUCAGGAGAUUGCCAGGUUCCAAGAGAAGUUGGUGGCAAGGGUAGCAGCUGAUGUUUCCGCACAAUAUGGUGGUGCAAGGGCCUUGGAGUCAGCUCCUGCCUUGGUCGUUGAUGACUACGAGUGGAACUUUGCGAAAGCAUUCCUGUAUUCUCUGACUGUUCUCACUACUAUCGGUUACGGCAGCGUUGCACCAAGGACAGCACUAGGAAAAGCGGUCACCAUAGGGUAUGCAGUCAUAGGUAUACCUUUAACACUUUUAUACCUCUCUGUGGUAGGAGCAUUGCUAUCACGACUAGCCAGGAGCGUCUUCAGCAGAGCACUAUGUUGCUGUCUAUGCACAAAAUGCGGUUACUGUUGCCUCGACGAGAGGACAAUGACUAGCAAAGAAAGAAAGGAAAAAGUUAGAAGACAAGAUGAUUUCAGACAUCAGACAUUGCAUCUACAGGAACCUUAUUACGUCAGGUCUCCGUCAGGGACCAUUAUAUCAGCGUCACAAGCACACAGCGUCAGCACGAACUCAAUCAAAGACAAAACUCAAGGACUAAGCUUUCUAAGAGACUGUGACUCCAUGAGUUGCACCGAUACAGACUCCAAAGUAUCCCUACGAGGAUUCUCAAUCUUAGCUCCUAUUGCGUUAUGUUUAGCAGCGAUUUUUACUUACAUCUUCUUUGGAGCUCUGGUCUCUAUCAGUUAG